AUGACAGAGAAGGGCUUCCAGUAUGAAUCCCAACAGAAACAGAAAUUAUACGAGACAUCUUAUAACCAGCUACACCUUAAGAUGGAUGAAAUUUAUAGGAUGCUGAAUGCUAAAGAGAAUGCCAGGUUGGUACAUAGGCAUUAUAAGAAGUGGUUACUACUGUCAGAAUGGUUCAGUCUCUCUGAACAGAAAUACAUAGAGUUGUUAAGUGAGAAUGAAUUGCCUCAACAUGAUCAAUUAUUUUCUGAGCAAAGACAAAAUAUGGAGAUGUUUAAAACUGCUGUACAAGAAUACCUGGCCGCAUUUGAAGAAGUUAGUUCCUUCACAGAGGAUGAUGAAAAGUGCGACUCGCUUUCUCAGACAAGCAGGUGUGGUAGUCUCUCAUCCUUGCAGUCUAACACCAGUCUAAUGAGACUAAAAGAAGAACAACGUAAAGCUGAGUUAGCCGCAAGAAUGGCGGCAUCACAAGAAAGACACAAGUUAGAUAUAGAAAAACAAAGAUUGGCAAAUGAAACUGAAUUAUCUCGAUUGGAGUUAAAGCGGCUAGAAGAAGAGUUAAGAUUAAAGGCAGAAAUAGCUGUAAGUGAUGCGAGAGCAAAGGUCAUAGACGACUUUGAACAGUAUGAAUAUGGGUCAGAGGUCAAGUUUAAACCUGACAUUAAAACAAAUGUAAGCACCCCUCUUAAUGAUGUUCUCACUGAUAUUAAUGCUGUUAAACACGAGUGUAUAUACACCCAGCCACAGCGUGAGUUCAACACCUUAUUAACUCCAAAUAAAUCAUCAUGUCAACAACCACUUGCAUCCCCUAAUCAUGGAAAUGGUAAGGUUGAAGUUGAUGUUUUAUCAAAACUUGCUGAUUUGUUAGCUAGUAGACAAGAUGAUCUUCCUAGGAAGGAACCAGAAGUUUUUAGUGGCAACAUAUAUGAUUACCCAGCGUGGAUACGAUCCUUUGAGAUCCUGAUUGAAGAUAGGAAACCGUUGGCCACAGAUAGGUUGUAUUACCUCAGAAAGUAUACAAGUGGUGAGGCUAAAACAGCGGUACAAGGUCUACUGACUUUAGACACCACUGAGGCCUACAUUAAGGCAAAACAAAUCCUAGCUGAGCGCUAUGGUAAUCCACUGAUGGUCGCUGACACCUACAGAAAGAAAAUAAAUGACUGGCCAUACAUCAAGUAUGGUAACAGUAUUGAGUUAAGGCGAUUUUCUGAUUUUCUUCAGCAUUGUCAGUCUGCAAUGAAUACAGUUAACUACCUUGUGGUUCUGAAUGAUCCCGAAGAGCAUAGAAAAAUACUUCGAAAGCUACCAAAGUCAAUAGGUGAAAAGUGGUUAAGAAUUGUUGAUGGCUGUUUGACCGAUCCUCUAAACCAGUCAUAUCCUUCCUUCUCUCAGCUUUGUAGUUUCAUUAGCAAAGAAGCACGUAUAGCUUGCAGUCCAUUGAAUGUGAAUUAUGAUGACAGCAAGACAGAAACAAAGACGAGAAGUGGUAAGAAAUGGACAGCUACCCAGAGUUUGGCAACAGCAACAGGAGAAACAAAGAAUACUCAAGGAGACUCAGCCACUCAGACUGGCUUCACUGGUAACCUGAAACGAUGUGUAUUGUGUAAAGGAACACAUGAUUUGGUGUACUGUAAGCAAUUCCAAAGAAUGACAUUGAAAGAUAGAUACGCCACAGUGAUAAAACAUGGUUUAUGUUUAGCCUGUUUUAAAUGGGGACACAGAAGAUGUGAUUGCCGCAAUAAGAAGAUGUGUGAUAUCUGCAAGCGAUUACACCCAACCCUUCUACAUGACUACUCUUAUAAUGCCACCAGAGAUCCAAUAAAUACUGAAGAUGUCUCUGUUGAUAUGAGUCCUAGGUUGGAAUGUGCCACUUCACACAGAGUCGAGAUAGAUCACCAGAGGGAUUCCUCUUUACCAUGUUCCCAUUCUCUUAUAAUUCCUGUUUUCCUGCACCAUAAGAGCGUACCUAACCAACAAGCCACUGUUUAUGCUCUGUUGGAUCCUCAGUCUGACUCUUGUUUUAUUACAAAAUCUAUGAUGGAGAAAAUAGGCGUAAAUGGUCCAAACAUUCAAAUAAAGUUAUCAACGAUGCUGGCCGAAAAGGUAAUUGAGUGUAACAAGAUAGAUGGACUAGUUGUUAUGAAUAUGGACCGUUCCAUAAAUAUUGACUUACCAGCAGUCUUCUCUCGAGAAUGUAUACCUGCUAGUCACAGCCAAAUUGCAAGGCCUGAUACAGUUAGCAGAUGGCCACAUCUUAAGCAAGUUUCCAAGUAUUUACCUCCUUUCAGAAAGGAUAUUGAGAUUGGUCUUCUGAUUGGUAUGAAUUGUCCUCGUGCUUUGAAACCCAGGGAGGUCAUACCUGGUGAUGAUGAUGAUCCCUAUGCAGUUAGAACCGAUCUUGGCUGGGGCGUCAUUGGUGUAAUGAAUAGUCCAGAUUAUGAUCUGAGUAGCUACUGUCAAGUGAUAAAUACUGAAGGUAAAAGAUGUCACUUCACCUACCGAACCCAAGUCAAGGAGAUUAGCCCCUUACAGGUCAAUAAAAUGUUUGAGCAAGAUUUCAACGAAAGGAAGUCUGAAGACAAGAUAUCUCUGGAGGAUAGACAAUUCCUACAAAUUGUUACAGAUGGAAUUCACCAAAGAGAAGAUGGCCAUUUUGAAAUGCCCCUCCCUUUCAGAGAACCUGAAAUCAGUCUCCCUAAUAACAGAGCUCAAGCAGAGAAACGUUUACAAAAGUUGAAGUACAGGUUACUAAAGGAUGACCAGUUGAAGACAGACUAUGUUGAAUUCAUGAGUAAUAUUAUAGAUAGUGGCUAUGCUGAAGCAGCCCCUCAUGAUAAAGAACAUGACAACGGUUUGAAAUGGUACAUCCCCCACCAUGGUGUUUACAAUUCCAACAAGCCAGGGAAGGUCCGAGUUGUGUUCGAUUGUAGUGUUGAAUAUCAAGGACAAGUGCUUAAUCAUCACCUACUUCAGGGCCCAGACCUCUUAAAUAACCUGACUGGUGUUCUGUGCCGUUUCCGAAAGGAACCUGUGGCAAUUAUAUGUGACAUUGAAGCCAUGUUCAUGCAGGUCGGUGUUGAUAUUAAGGAUCGCAAUUAUUUGGGGUUUCUUUGGUGGAAAGAUGGUGACCUAACCCAAGAACCUUCAGAAUACAGAAUGACUGUUCACUUGUUCGGUGCGACAUCAUCCCCAGCGUGUGCAAACUUUGCAUUGAAAACUACUGCAGAUGUUAAUGGUGAUGAAUCUAAUCUCGAAGCAGCAGAUUUUGUGAGGAAUGACUUUUACAUGGAUGAUGGACUCAAGUCAGUUCCUGAUCCCACCCAAGCUAUCAAUCUGAUCGAAAGUUGCUCACAGUUGUGUGCCAAGGGAGGAUUUAAGCUCCACAAAUUUGCUAGUAAUGAUAAACGAGUUGUCGAGAAUAUCCCUGUUGAUCUGAGAGCCAAGGAUAUUCAGAGCUUUGAUAUUUGUCAUGAUAAUCUUCCAGUGGAAAGAGCACUUGGUGUGUAUUGGUGUUUAGAGUCUGAUACUUUUCAGUUUCGAAUCGAGAUAAAGGAUAAACCCUUCACCCGCAGGGGUAUAUUGUCUACUGUUAGCUCGAUUUUUGAUCCCCUUGGUUUGGUCUCUCCAGUCUUGCUUAUGGGGAAAAGGAUUUUGCAAAGAUUAACCAAGGAUGGAAUGGAUUGGGAUGAUCCAGUCCCGGAAGAUACAAGAUCGCAAUGGGAAAGGUGGAGGCAUGAGUUGUCUCUUUUGGCUUGUCUCAAGGUGCCUAGGUGUUACAAGGGUGAUGAUAUUGUUGAGCUUAGUACAGUUGAGAUGCAUCAUUUUUCUGAUGCUAGUCUUCUCGGCUAUGGUCAGUGCAGUUACCUGAGGCUACAAGAUAAUCAGGGUAAUGUUUCUUGUUCUUUAGUGAUGGCCAAGUCUCGAGUAGUUCCUGUGAAACCAAUCACCAUACCAAGGUUAGAGCUUACAGCAGCAGUCACUUCUGUGUUGGUGAGUGAGUUCUUAAAUAAGGAACUGAAGUAUGAUGGUAUUUCUCAUUUCUUUUGGUCAGACAGCAAGGUUGUAUUAGGGUACAUUGCAAAUAAGUCUACCCGCUUUCACAUAUUUGUAGCCAAUAGGGUACAGAAAAUUCAAGAUCAUACACAGCCAAGUCAGUGGAGAUAUAUUGAAUCAAAGAAGAACCCAGCGGAUAUUGCUUCAAGAGGUUCCAGUGCAGAUGAUUUAAUCCAUAAUUCUAUCUGGUGGAAAGGUCCAGUACUUCUAUCCACAGUAGAAUCUCAGAGCUCUACAUCGAAGACAGAGCCAUUUAUGCUUGAUAAUGCAGACCCAGAGAUUAAGAAGACUGUAUCAGUUCUGCAUACAAGCACCAUACCAGAUGAAUAUGAAGAUAUGCUGAGUAGAGUAGAGUACUUUUCUGACUGGCAUCGAUUAAAGAGAGCCAUAGCAGUUUGUCUAAGAUUUAAACAGAGGUUAAUGAACCACACGAUUUCAAAACCGAAAGUACACUUGAUGAAUUCAGCAACGAUUAAACAAAACUACAUUCCCGUGAAUGUGGAUGAGAUGCAACAGGCUGAAAAGCUGAUUAUCAAAAUGGUACAGAGCAGAGACUUUGCCGAUGAGUUACAGACGUUGAGACAGAGUUCAAGAAUUACAAGUCCUGCCAGGGAGAAUUCUAGAUCAGUACCAACUGUGAAGAAGACAAGCUCAUUAUUCCGACUAGAUCCCUACCUAGAUGAGGAGGGAAUUAUACGUGUAGGAGGAAGGAUUCGUAGAGCUAACCUUCCAAAGGAUGUUGCCCACCCUAUUCUACUUCCUAAGAAGGGGCAUGUUACAAAGGUCUUAAUAUUACAUUACCAUGAGAAAAUCGGUCAUUCAGGCACUGGAAUGACGCUUAAUGAGAUACGAGCUUAUGGUUAUUGGAUAGUAGCGUCUAGGGCAAGCGUAGGAAGUGUUGUUUGGAAAUGUGUAACUUGUAGAAAGUUGCGUGGGUUGUUGUCGGGUCAGAAAAUGUCUGACUUACCAGUUGAUAGGCUAGAGACUGUCGCCCCCUUUACAUAUAGCGCUGUUGAUUGCUUUGGCCCAUUCUUUGUUAAAGAUGGUAGACGUGAGUUGAAACGUUAUGGAGUAUUGUUCACUUGUUUAAAUUCACGAGCAGUUCAUAUAGAGGUAGCAAAUUCUCUUAGUACUGAUUCCUUUUUGAACGCACUUCGCCGUUUUGUUGGUCGCCGAGGUCCAGUGCGUCAACUCAGAAGUGAUCAAGGCACCAAUUUUGUUGGAGCUAAAGGUGCCCUGGCUGCAGCGUUAGCAGAGAUGGAUGACAGUAAGAUCAGUAGAGAGUUGUUAAAGGACAACUGUGACUGGAUAGCCUUCAAAAUGAAUUCCCCACAUUCGAGUCACAUGGGAGGAGUGUGGGAAAGGAUGAUUCGGUCAGCUCGGAAUGCAUUAUCCGCACUUCUAUCUGUUCAUGGUCAUCAAUUGGAUGAUGAGUUGUUGAGAACAUUAAUGGUAGAAGCCGAGGCUAUUGUGAAUAGCCGUCCCCUCAGUUAUGACGAUAUGACCAAGACAAGUUCUCUACAACCCCUUUCUCCUAGUCAGAUACUAACGCUGAAAUCGAAGGUUGUUUCACCUCCCCCUGGAGUUUUCCAGAAAGCAGAUCUUUUCUGUAGACAGCGUUGGAGAUGUGUCCAGUAUCUAUCUAAUGAGUUCUGGAGACGAUGGAGAGUCGAAUUUCUACCAACCCUACAACAGAGAUCUAAAUGGAUGAAGUCCCAACCAAACCUACAAGAAGGUGAUAUCGUCCUGAUGUUGGAUGAGAGUUUACCAAGAUAUCAAUGGCCAAUGGCCAGAGUAAUUGAGACGUUCGUGGGACAAGACGGACUUGUUCGAAGAGUUAGGCUGAUUGCUAAAGGUUCUGUGUACGAUAGACCUGUACACAAGUUAAUAUUGUUACUAAAAGGGGAAAUCCCCGUCGAGAAGCCAUAG